AUGAGUAUGAUCAACAAUCUUGGGACACGGCUAUUCAAGUCUGUCACUGACAAAGCAGGUGACCUCGGUGACAAUCAUGAUUUUAUCCUUAAUGGUUCAUCUCAAUCAUAUUACCUGAAGGAACCCUCUGGAACUUUUGGUGCAUCUUUUGGAGAUCUGCUUUCAGCUGAAGUCGAUGCUAUUGUCACUGAAGCUAUCUCACUCUCAGGUUAUAUCAAAGUUGCACUUGUGAUUCUUUCUAUAUUAUUGGUACUUGCUAUCAUCCGAUUGAGUGCGUUUGGCUUUCGGUGCAUGUUCUUCAAAGCUUGGGACUGGAUACGAGCUAAUGAAAAUAAACCGCCGCCACAGGUGAUUUUACUUAUGCCGACCGAAGAUGGAAAAUAUCGACGUACCUCAACGGUGUAUGCUGAUCCACAGACAAAAAGCGUCAUUGAUCGGAUACAACGAGAAUCGUUUGAAUUAUUCAACGAGUACGAGCAGCCGGCACCGAUCUCAGCUCGGAUGAAACCGCCG